UUGACAGUCAUAACAAACGCCUUGUAUUUUCCUUCAGAUCGCUUUAGAUGUGUGAGUUGCGCCUUGGGUUUUAAGCGCUUACACGUUUUGUAUAAUAAAAUAAACUUAAACUAAGUAAAAUGAGUGAAAGUGCAGGAAAUUGGUGUCUCAUUGAAAGCGACCCUGGAGUUUUCACCGAACUAAUCAAAGAAUUCGGUGUACAAGGAACACAAGUUGAAGAACUGUGGAGCUUAGAUGCCGAAAACUUUGAUAAACUGAAACCUGUACAUGGACUGAUUUUCCUAUUCAAAUGGACUAAAGAGGAUGAACCAAGUGGCUCUAUUGUGGAGGAUAAUAGACUGGAAAAGAUAUUUUUCGCCCGCCAAGUGAUUGAAAAUGCCUGUGCUACACAAGCCAUAUUGAGUGUUUUAAUGAAUCUGAAUCAUCCGGAUGUCAAAUUAGGUCAGACUCUCAAAGAACUCAAAGAGUUCUGCUCUGGUUUUGAUCCAAAUAUGAAAGGAUUAACUAUUAGUAACUCAGAAAAAAUUAGAACUGUUCACAACUCAUUUGCCAGGCAGCAAUUGUUUGAAUUUGAUCCAUCACUCAGCAGUAAAAGUGAAGAUGUAUUCCAUUUUGUUAGUUAUGUGCCCAUUGAUGGUAGAUUAUAUGAAUUAGAUGGUUUAAAAUCAGGGCCAAUUGAUUUAGGUGCAUUGCCUGCAGAUACUGAUUGGACUGAUUUUGUUAGGCCUAUUAUAGAAAAGAGAAUGCUUAAGUAUAGUGAAGGUGAGAUUCAUUUCAACUUGAUGGCGAUAGUCUCCGAUCGCAUUCUGCAGUAUGAGAAACAAAUGCAAGCCAUCCGGAAGCAAAUGGAAGACAACGGUAUGGAAACGGAUGCGCAACAGUCAGAACUCGCAAAAUUGAAAUAUUUAAUCGAAGAAGAGGAGAAUAAACGACGACAGUAUCGAACCGAAAAUAUCCGUCGUAAGCAUAACUAUCUGCCGUUAAUAAUCGAAAUACUAAAGCUGCUGGCAAAGGAAGGCAAACUAAUGCCAUUAUAUGAAAAGGCAAAGGAGUUGUCGAUCAAAAAGAAGCAGAAAACUAAAUAACGAUAUUGUAAGUGUCACAUUUUCAUUUCAAUACUUAUAUAAAAAUAAAGGAAGUCGUAAAAUUGGCAAGAA